GCACCGCCCCAGACCGAGACCGACCAUUGCUGAGUACAGAGGGACGGUUGCUCGCGUCCUCAUAUUUUCAUCACUCCUGCACGCCCACGCCCGGCCCCGCACGCCUGCACGCCUCUCCUCGCUCUUUGGUGACCACCUGAGGGUGCUGGAGCGGUGAAGUGACCUCGGAACUGACUAAAGCUGGUCUGACCUGGAUUUGCAAUGAGCAGCAUGGAGGGGUCUGAGCCGGGCAGCCCCGGGGGUGAGUGGGACGACCCCAUGAGCCCCACGUCCAGCCAGCAGGGCACCCCGGCCAGCCCCAUGUGCCAAGAUGGUCCCACCAGCCCGGAUGGCCCUGAACCUGAGGGUCCCACUAGCCCUGCCUGUCCUGCCAGCCCCCAGAGCUCCACCUCAGACAGCUCCAGCAGCCCCGACAGUGACAGGAGCCGCAGCCCCAGCCCCACCCCUGCUGCCCUCCACAGACCCCCUAGCCCCCAGAGCCCUGAGCCAGGCCCUGAUACUCCAGGGGACCCAAGGAUCUCUGCUCAAAGCCCCCAGGACCCCAGGACCCACCACAUUGAGUCCCCAAUCCCGCAGGACCCCCGGACCCAGGGCAGGAGGGGGGCCAGGGAGGCGUGGGAUCGCAAUGUGAUGCCCAAGGCCCCAAUGAGCCCCGAGGACCCCGCCAGCCCCGACUCUGCCCCGGAGGAGGGGGAGGAAGGAGAAGUGGAGCCCCCAGCCAGCCCCUCCAAGGAAGAUAGACUGUCGGAGAUAUCUGAAGGGGACUCAUCGCUGAACUGUGACCUGGGUGACGAGGAGGAAGAAGAAGAACCACAACAGCAACAGAAGAAGGACCACCUGGAGGAAAAGGAAGAUGAAGAGGAGGAGGAAGAAGAAGGGGGAGUGAAGAAGAAGGUGGAGGAGAGAGAGAGAAGAGGUCAAAGGUCAGAGAGGGGCAGUGACCCACCCCAGAAGGUCAAGAGGAAGAGUGACGAGGGACUUGGACUGAAGGAUGAGCUGGACUUUGAGGCAGAGAGAGAGAGUGGAGAGGAGGAGGGGGAGGAGGGAGAGGAAGGUGAGGAGGGUGAGAAGGGAAAGAGGAAGGUGGAUGCUGAGAACAGAGAGGACGGAGAGCUGAGUGAUGAUGACGAUGAUGACUCCCUCUUGAGACAGGAACCCAAGACUGUCUGCCGGUUCUUCAACAAGGGACAGUGUACGUGGGGCACCAACUGUCGGUUCCUGCACCCUGGCGUGUCUGACAAGGGUAACUACAAUAUGUUCGCGCCGCCCAAGCCACAGUCCAACACUGACAAGGAAGAGGACAGCGAGCGUGGCAGGCCAAGAGAGGUGCGUCGCUUCAUUCCAGAGCCGUCGCCCUUUGAGUCUGCCUGGGAAAGAGGACUGCGCUAUGCUAAGGAGAUGAUGAAGCGAGCAAACAAGAGGAAGGAAACGGAUGCAGACUUUGAGGAGAAGCGCUUUAACUUGAGCUUGGGGCAGGCAGAGCUGGACCGAGAGAAUGACUACUACACUCGCCCUGCCUCGCCAGUCUUCAAGCAGCCUGAUGAGAUUAUUGACCAGUACCUUGACCCUUAUGAAAAGCAGGCUAUUAGGCACUUCAGAGGAGGUCACUUUGAGAACUUUGAGGUGAGGUACAAUGUUGACCCGCGCUACAACAACAUGAGAGGCGGACAUGAGAGGUCGCGCCGGGACAAGUUUGAGAGGGAAGUGUCCGAACGCAUCCAGAGAAGACCUCGCACUACUUCUGGGGGCGAUGAGAGGUACGCGCGGGGCCGAGUGUGGCAGGAUGACCGGUACAUGGAGGUGGCGUCGACAGGGGGCAGUGGCCGGGGGGAGGCGGAGGCAUGGGCUGAUCCAUGGGCCAGGAGGAAGACGCCCCCUCGCCUGGCCCGCAAGAAGAAGACCUCUCGUACUCGCAGUUACUCCUCAGGCUCCUCCUCUCGCUCAUCCUCUAGCACUCGUAGCCGUAGUGGAAGCAAGUCAAGCCGCACCAGUAUUGCCAGCCGCAGCAGCCACUCCUCCUCCCACUCCCCAUCCCUCUCACCAGGACCCAGACGCCAACCCAACCCCAGGAUCAAUGCUGGUCGUGCCGGGGAGAAGGGCGGCGUGAGGCAGCCCCCACCACCAGUGCGCAACCGCCCCAGCCCACCUCCCCCGAUGCGUGGCCGCACUAGCCCCCCACCGCCAAUGCGAGGCCGCCCCAGCCCUCCACCCCCAAUAAGAGGCCGCCCCAGCCCCCCACUUGUCCGCGGCAGGCCCAACUCCCCCCCAAUGCGCAGUCGCCCCAGCCCCCCUCCCAUCCGUGGCAGACCCACAUCCCCACCCAUGAGAGGCCGAGUUAGCCCCCCGCCCUCCUCCCGCCAGCCCCUGCCACGGAGACCUGAGGCGAGGGACCCCAGAAUGGACCGAGGGGAGAGAGUGGACCGGUUUGGGCGUAUGAGGAAAGCCAGUCACCACAGUUACUCGCGGUCACGGUCCAGAUCACGGUCCAGGUCCAGGUCAAACUCCAGGCCACCACGCAGACUGGGCCGCACUUUCUCCUCCAGUCGGUCCAGGUCCAGGUCGGCCACCAGGUCCAGCUCAGCCACUUCCCGCUCCAGAUCCAGGGGCCGUAGCAUCACCCGGUCCAGGUCGCGCUCUCAUUCCAGGUCCCGCUCCAGAUCAUCCUACUCACGGUCCAGCUCUGCCUCCAGUGUGGAUAGCAGGCGGAGGGCGAUGAGUGACAAGAGACGCAUGACUCAGGGCACUGUCUCCUACGGCCAAGCUAAGAGCAAGGCCAUGGAUCCAGUCAAGUUGUCCGGACAGAAGCAACAAAUCAAGCUCACCCUGAAGGGCCCCGCACUGAAGCGCCUGGAGAAACCGGUGCUGCCCCAGGAGGAUGACAGUGGCGAGUCGGAUACUGGUGGUGCGAAGCUGAUCAGGAAACGCAAGGCUGAGAGUCCCCCUCCUGAAGCACCGCCACCCAAGGUCACCCCCCGCAGCCCACCACCGGCCCCAGCACCACCUCCGCCCAGCAAGAAGCCUCAGGCCAACAGACGCGAAGAACUCCUCAAACAACUGCGAGCGGUGGAGGAUGCCAUUGCUCGGAAACGCACCAAGCUGCCCACCUAGUCAGCCAGGCCACCACCACUCCUUGCUGCGUGGUGACCCCCGCCUCUCUGCCGCAGGUUGGGGUGACGGCCGGGACAGUCAUGCCAGAGAAGAUGCUCAUCACCACCACCACCACUACCACCACGCCACACCUCAGUGUACAUAACAAGGACUGGUCGGCAGUGCGCCACUCCCCCACCACCACCACAUCCUGCCGGCCCCCGCUGCUGCCACCCCACCAGUCAGGGUGGCUCAGCAGGUGGCAGCUGGCAGGUCCUUCACCGGGUGGUGUGGGCGACCUUGAUUCUUCUUCCCACUCAUCAGUGAGACACGUUUCAGUCAUUGACAUUCAUUGUAUCAUGUACCGCGUAGUGACCCUUCCCUAGUGCUGCCUUACUCAAGGUGCUCAGCCCGGCGGCCCCGGCAUGCCCCUGCCCCGCCCCACCGGCCGCCACACGCCAGUUCUCAUCAUUGUUUGGCGCCAAGCCUCUCUUUUAUUGUCUCUUCAGGAAAUUGUGGCGAGGGAAAGUGACUGUAGUAUAAUUGCUGUUCUUCCUCUUGCUUGCAAGCGACCAUCGUCUCCGGUGGCAGCAACAGCAGCCACGCUCGGCGCCUGGGUCAUGUGCUGUGCAUGUUGCUCUCAUGAAUCAUUCCAGCACAGCAGAGACACACAGGAGGGUUGCAACACAGUGACGUCCCUGAGUGCACCACAGGCAGGACCUCCCGACCCGUGCCCCUCCUGCCGUGCUGCAUUGUGCUUCCUGCAGUAUCCUUCACCAAGCCGUCAAUGUUCAGUGACGCGCCAGACAGCAUGGGGUCUGGGAUGCCAGUGGUGACUUGGAGUGUAGCGCAGUGCAGUUACGAGGUGCGGCUCAAUGUACACUGAGAACACCGCUGCCUGUCUACUGGUAGCAGCAGGAAUGCAAGGGACGGACUGCGUUGCGUUGUAACGCAGAAACUGAUGUAAGAUUUUGUCUUUUUAAAGUGAGUAAGGCUCAUAUACCUUUUUUGCAUCA